AUGAUGCACGUGCUCUGUAUGUUGUUUGUUAUACCUGCUGUUUUUAUCAUAUUUACUAAAGGAUGUGUCUACCCAAGCUAUCUCCAAGCCGUCUGGAUAGACAAAAGUUCAAUCACUCUACAUAAUGUAUCGUAUAAGGAAAAAGAUAUGAUAGACAAUCGGACUGACUUCCACUCACGAAUCACAUGGAAUUGUCUUAAGUCGUUGAGAAUGGGUAAAGACGAUCUCGUUGUGUCAAAAACAACAAUUUACGAUGUUUAUCACUUCUUGAAGUGUGAGCUGUAUCACAAGGAGGACGAUGGCCACGUGUACUUCAAAUCCAUUCGCGAUCCGUUUCAAGUGGAGAACCUGAAGAACAUCGAGUGUAAUGUUUGUCAACCGAAAGUGCAAGAAGACACAAUACCGUCACGCCUCCUUCAAAUGGUGAAUGAAACGUCGUCGCCGACCGGUACUGGCAACAAUAAGUUUUGGUGUUCGGAUCCAGACUGUACCUUGUGCCCAGUUGAACGUGAAUUGGAGGAGAACUCCGAGAAGUUGAGAGAUGAAGCACGUUCUUUACGGUAUCUACUGCGACAGUGGCUGGCAGAUAAACGAGAAGGAGAGUAA